CCUCCGUAGUGAAGACGCUCUCGUUCCUCGCGGCGCGAUGCUUCUUUCGGGCCUGGGUGUCCUUGAAGCUAAGUGCUCGGUUUGGAGCCGUUUUUUCUGGCACGUGCUUGCGUGCUCCUUCUGCACAUGGCGUCAUCACGCUGCUGAGACGCCAUCUCCAAGCGCUCUUUUUGUUCUAUGGACCGUUGGAAUGUAUGCACUAUCACAGCCACGCACGCGACCUGCACAGCCCAGCACUUGCAUUUUUGACGCAUAGGAAAGCAAGUAAGCACAGCACGUGACGUAGGCGCAAUAUUGUGUAACGCUGCCGCGGGGACGCCGGCCGGGAUGCGCGGAGGCGAGCGCCACCUGGCGGUGUUGCGAGAAACCCAGGGGCACCCGCGAGUAGAGAAGAGCCAAAAUACCGGAGAAGAGGCAAAGAAAGCUUUGCAUUAAAAGUAAUCUCUGUGAGUGGGUAUGCGCCAAACUCAUCAACGACAUCAAGGACAUCAUCAUCAUCAUCAUCAUCAUCAUCAAAAGUAGCCAAUGAGCGAUAUCACUGCCGCUAUGGAAGCUCGUACACGACGGUGAUUGCUCAAUCGAUAAUUAGGUAUCAUAAUUUUAAGUCCACGAAAUACUGAACCAUGAAUUGCGAAAGACCUCGAUACGAAAAUACUGCAGCCCAAUGCACGUUAUUGUGUUGAAAGAUGUUACUUGUAAUGCGAUAUACAAUUGCUGAUGACAUUCUAUGAUAAUAGCAGCAUCCUUCAUGAUAGUGAGAUAGCUGAUGGUAAUUCUGUAAGUUGUGCAGCAGCUACAGGAGCCCGAAAUUUUCGCGGACAGCUGGCGAGUAAAUAUUGUCGCUUUCAUAAUUGUCAUUUUCGCAAUUUGUCACAUUUUUUCUUGCUAUUACUUGUUAAUCUACUAUAUAUAUCCUCUUAACAUCCAUCUUCGCCAUUUUAAAAGUUUUUUGUUUAGUUUCUACUGCAUCCCGAGUCACGGCCUGUAUCCCAUAAUCCGUUGCACCAUGUAACGUAGACUCCAUGAAAGCUGUUGCCAUUUGCUUCUUCCGAGCGCCAUUUACGUGAAACGCUUGUCUACACUUCUGACACCACAUCGCGUGGCGUCCCUGUCAAUCCGUGCUGGCCGGCCACGACGGAGAGGAGCAUGCCAGAAGACAAGCACCCCCGUUCAGAACCAAACUCCAAGUGCUUUAUUUCGUACGCGCCCCCUUGCUCAUGACCAGAGGGAACCACUGGUCAGCAGAUGCAUGGCGACCACUACAGUCCACGUAGCGUAGGACGGGGCCGUUGAACUCGGACCGAGUCUUUGCCGGAGACUAAGGGGCACCGCCGCAGAGCGUGGAGUACCAAGCCAGGCUGGCGCGGUGCCACUGGUGUCCUCUUCCUGCCACCGGUUCACCGCCUUUCCGCCAAGUGCUCGACCGCACCUCUUGAUACUUCUUCCUCUCUAGCGGUGUCCUGCCACCCCGUUGGUCGCUCCUUCCAGGCCACGUCAGCCUUCCUCCCCUUCCUUCUUUUCUUCUUAUGGCGUUCUUCUCCGGGUGGGACAAGGGUCGAAAAUAUACUUAACAGGUGUGGCCGAUCAUAAGAAGUUAUAAGUGUACAGACCGAAAGCGCGUCUUUAACCACUAUUACUUUAGGCUUCUGUGAACCCAAUUUUCUGAUGGCCAGAAUAAUUGCCAGGAAGUCAGCAUGGAAUAGUGAGGGUAAUUUUCCCGCUUGGUGCUAUAUGCUUUGUCUUCUUCUACUUAAGCUCGAGACAGUAGGGAUCGGGCCUGAAGACACCGCCAUGCCGCAUCAUGGACAAGGACGGUUGUACCGUUUUCGCGACCACGCCGUCGCCGGCGCCAACUGGCGACCAACGCGGUUCGUCGACGAGGUGCCAAACUCACGUGUGUGCGGCCUCUGCCUCACGAUUCCGAGACGUAUGCUGCUGUUGCCAUGCCACCACGGUCUGUGCCAAUCUUGCCAUGCAGCCAUUAUUCAAGUUGCUCAUCGGCGGUGUCCCUUAGAUCAAGAGCCAUUCGAGCAAGUAGAAUGCCAUGGUGUCGACUUUGCAGCCAGGAAUAGGAGCUUGAAGGUGUAUUGCUGGAACGAAGAUCACGGCUGCGAGUACACGGGCACCAUGGAUCGUAUGCUGGAACACUACGAGAAGGAAUGCACAUUUCACGCAGUGAAAUGUGCGCGAUGCGGCGAGGGACUCCUGCAGAAAGAUCUGACAACGCACUACGUGGCCGGAUGCAAUGCCCGUGUUUCUACCGCGACAGAGUACCCCUCCUCAGAACCCACAGCACUGACCCUUGAAGAAGACAGUGCUGCUCUAGAAGACCUGAAGUCGAUGUUGGGAUAUCUCAACGACGACCAGCUGCUGCUGCCAGUGCUUCAAGCUCCGUUGAAUGAGUUUACAGAAGAAGUCAGAAACCAAAAAGCCAGGCUCGCUGAGAUGACUCGCGAGCUCGUAGCAUGCGACCAGAAUUUCAAGAACGAGAUGGGUGAAAUCGAUGCCACAAUUUCAUCGAUCGAGUCGCGUCUACUGACAUUUCAUCAAAAUCCGGCGGAGGAAGUCAGGAUGUCGUCGCUGCGGUCCUUUGGCUCGGAAGUGGCGAUAGUACUUCGGAUGUUGCAAUGCGUCGCCGAAGUGUUAAUCAUGUCAUUCAUCAUCACCAAAGCCAUCACCUUUGUAAUUUAUACGCACGAAUAGAAAUCUGUAUUGAAAAUGAGCUCAGCGCUUAGUAAUACUGCCAGUUCUGAGCCCAUCUUCUGGAAGCGUUGCAGCAAGUUUCCCCGCAGCCUUAUUCCUGCCGAAAAGCAUCUGCCAAUUGACAUUCGGCCGUUAAGCAGUGCGCUCUCAACGAUACCCGUCCGGAUUAAGGCAAUUGGGAUAUUGAGUUAUGUUCUCACUCUGGAAAACUCUAAACGAAAUUAUUCAUUUGCAGAUGGGGAGGACAAAAUUUGUUCAUAUUACGGUGUUGUACGCGAGUGACACGCACUCUUCGCUUGCCGUCUGGAGGAACAACUGUAAUGGUGAUCUCGUUCUGCAGAUCUAGUUUUAUGCGAUGCUGGUACACCCUAGGCGUUUGCGGCCUAUUUGGAGGCUGGACGUGUGGGACAGAGUACGAAAGAGAGUUGAUGUGUUGACUUCCUUUCGCAAUCUUCGUAACUGCAAAUACGAUGAAGACUCAUUGGUACACUUUCGCCUCGCAUUCAGGACCGAAUUGUGUUCACUGGAACAUGAUGGUUUCCUCCGACACGGACAGAUCGGGUUCGUGACCUAUCUCGACGAUUAAGAAACGAACGGUGGGGUCAGAGGAGCACUUGCUGUUCACCGCUGAAUGUGUAUUUCACUCUUGUAUUGUCCUUGCCACUUCCCAUGUGUGUGACAUGAGAUUAGGGAAUUGUGAUGUUCUUUUUUUUUUUCCAAAUUAAAUUAGCGCUGCGAAAUUUCUUCUUUGAAAUUCGCUAUGCUUCGUAACUGUCAA